GUUUCAUUUCCCAAAAAAAAAAAGCGAGGAGAGAGAGAUGACCGGAGAAGAGGUGGUGGUCCCCGCCGGCCCAAAGGUCGUUCGCCUGCUCUACUUCGUCGGCGCCGGAUGUAAUGAUCUUCUUCUUCUGCUUCUUCCUCUUCUUCUCCCACAUGUGCACGGCGGCGAUCAACAAGUGGAGAGAUAUUCAACAGAAGUCCUUUCAAUUACCGGAGAAGCCGUCAAAUGCGGUACAGAAAGCAAUCGAAUAACAAUCAAUCGCCUCGUGUUUUAGGGUUUCAUCAAAGCUCAGUAAUGUAACUCUAAUGAGAACAAGGGAAGCGGUUGAAUGUGAAGAAUUUUGCGAUGAAGUUGUGGAAUUAUCCUGCCCUCAAGCAAUACUUGAGUCCUUCUAUGGUUCCCACCCUUGUACUAUAUGACAGGGAAGCGCAGUCUUCUUUCGUGGAUGAUCGACUUGGGAACUGUUCCUCUUAGUGCGGUGGUUAAAUCAAAGCCUUCACUGUCUGGAACAAAUCUCUUCUUCGGUUGACGACCCACCAGAGCAUAUGUAUUUCCGUGUUCUCUCUCCCUCCGAUGUGAUCGUUGCAUUCCCCUCCGAGAUGUAUCAGCUGGAACGUCUUGUUCACUGUCUGAUGAUUUCUGUUUUGUUCCUCUGCCAGCAUUGUUCUUGUUAAACUUCUUCUUUUGAUUUCUGUUGUGUUUCUUAUUUGCACCCUCUGUUUCUCCCUUCAAUCCCUUUUUGUAGUCCCAUUUUCUUCUUUGUUAUCCUGAAUAAUUUGCUUAUUUCUUCUUCUGGUAUCAGAGUAAAUGCAGCAAGCGCCCCUACCAUCAGCCUUACCACUUUCAACUUGUUCUCUAAGAACAUCGUAAGCCAAGGUGAUAGAGGGACUUUUUUCUUUAAUGCGUUUUCUUGUCUUUGCAAUCCUCUUUGGGUGCAGGUGUUCUCUCUCUCUCUCUCUUUGGGUUUUUGUUCUGACCGCCUACCUAUAAGGUUUAUUCCUUGUACUUCAUCCUUAUAAAUAUCAAUUAAUUUCUUACUCAUCCACAAAGGAAAAAAAUAUAUCGUGUGAUAUAAGACCAAAUAGGAGGGAAAAAAAAUUCAUUUACAGCAGCCUUCCUUGAGGUUUUUAAUAAAUGUCAUGUGCUCAUCUUUCAAUAAUUCCACCGACCUCCCUUGAUUGAGAAUAACGUAGAUCAGUUAGAUCCACUCUAUUAGUCUUUCGUUAUAUUUGUGGAUUCUAAGUUAAUGAUCUUAACAAAAACCUGUGUAGCUCCCGUUUUGCCGUAAGUUUUUCCUUAAUUCUAUUCCCAAAACAAAAAGUUGCUACCAAAUCUAUUUACAUUCCAACCAAUUUGGUCCCAAAUAGCCUUAACUCCUUUGAUCUAGAUUUUGCAGGAACAUAAGGGCAAAAUGGGAGGUACACAAUGUUUUUUUUAGGUCGUUGCAAAUUUAACGGAAGACUAACAGUGUGGACCCAACUAACUACAUUAUUCACGUUCAAGGGAGGCCAGUGUAAUAAGUUGAAAGGUCGGGGCCAGUGUACUUGUAAGAAACCUCAAUGAGGUUAGUGUAAUUACCUUAAUGAAAAUGGUGAUGUGAAUAUCACCAAAACCACUUACCAGUAUACAGCAUUCAUGACUCUAGAAUCAAGAGAUCAUUAAAAUAAUGGGCAUUGUCCACUUUUACCCCCUAUGGUUAUUGCCGUAUGCGGAUACCCCCUCAUGGUUCAAAAUUGCACAUAACCUACUUGUGGUUUUUAGAAAUGUGCAGAUAGAUCUUCUGCCGUCAUGUUUUCCAUCCAUAUUAACGGAAGUGUAUCUCACACGCCUCUAAAAUGUAAUCUCAGUCAUUCAUAACGUAUUAAAUAAAGAAUAUAGUAUUUUUGUAAAAAAUCAUCUCGAUCAGGCAUCAAUAACCCAGUGAUCUAAUUUUUAGUAAAUUCAAAUUUGAAAUUUUAAUUUCAUAACAAAAUUGAUUCGACUAUGAGCUUUUCAUUUUUUGAUUGACUUGAAUUUUGGCAUAGAUGUAGUACUCGUCAAAAUUUACAAUAUCAAUAGUUUGGAUUCAAUUUUUUGUAUAGGAAAUUGUGUGGUUAGAUUUAAAAAAGAAGAAGAAUUUUAGUAAAUUCAAAUUUGAAAUUUUAAACAAAAUCGAUUCGACUAUGAGCUUUUCAUUUUUUGAUUGACUUGAAUUUUAGCAUGCAUGUAAUACUCGUCAAAAUUUACAAUAUUAAUAGUUUGGAUUCAAUUUUUUUGUAUAGGAAAUUGUGUGGUUAGAUUUAAAAAAGAAGAAGAAGCAAUUGACAUGAUGAGGAUAUAUCGGUCUUUUAAUGUUGUUUUUGUUAAUAUGGAUGUAAAACAUGAUGACAGUGAGUCUAUCUACACAUUUUCAAAAUCACAAGUAGAUUAUGUGCUCAAUUUUAAACCAUGAGAGGUAUCUGCAUAUAGCAAUAAUUGCAGGGAGUCAUAGUGGACUUUGCCCUAAAAUAAUCCCAAAUGAGAUCAUGUAGAUCAAACCAAAUCGUGAUCAACCUUUCUGAGUAAAUUUUUAUUUUUCGAGGAUAGUGCAUGGAGAAUUUUUUUAAGGCAGUUCAAAAAGAUCAGGAGAUAGAUAGAUAGCCUACACGUAUGCAACUGUUAUCUAGGAAAAGUGUUGCCAUGGCUUUUCACUAUCGUUGAUAGGUUAUAUAAGUAUUCGGUAAUUCACCAACAAAUGAGUAAAAUAGUGUAUUUUUUGUGGCCCAAAUAUCUUAACCAUUGGCAAAAGUUAAAGAAUCAGAAACAAAGAGCAAAGAAGAGACGGCUCCAUAUGACUCUUGGCUAUAACUCAUCAGGUAGUGGUAGACACAAUCAUGUGCCAUAAAAUCUUUGAUUAUAUUUCCAAGUGGGUGGACAAGUUGCCAGGUUGCUUUACUCUUGGCCAAUACAAAAAGAGAAAUUUUAAGUGCAAAGAAAAUUUAUCUGAAAAUUAUCUCGAAAGAGCAAAUUAAUGGUACAGAUUCACUUUGAAUUGUAUUUGUACCGUUGAUUUACCCAUUCGGGGUAAUUUCUGGAUAGAUUUUCUUUGUACCUAGCACUCAUCAUACAAAAAGGAUAUAUAUGAUGUGAGGGAGAGUAUUUUUGUUUUUUUAAAGAAAAACGAUCAGAUUCAUUAACAUGAUAGGCUAAUUAUAUUAUUGUUUGUGGAGUAAAAGUAAUUUUUGGGGAGAUUAUAAUAAUAUCACAACUUGUGGUAAUUAAGUAGUACCCUAGUAUUCCUUUCAUAUUGUCAAGAGGCUGAAGAGAAAAUUGUUAACAAACAAUUUAGAAAUACUUCUUUAUGUGCCCACUUGUCCACUUGGCUUUGACAGCGUUUAGGCAUUAUCCACAAAUACAUGAAUGUAACAAAUAUAUAUCUAUGUCAAUGAACUCUUAGCUCAGUUGACAUCACCCACCACCUGUCUUGAUGGAGGCUUGGGUUUGAGCUCCAUAAGAGGUGGUUGGUUGAAAUUUAGAGUUAUGGACGACUUUUGAAUCUCCUGUGAACUAGCUUACUAAUUAUUCGCUAAUUUUCGUGCUGAUGUAUACAAUAUAUAUAAAAAUAAAAGAAGAAGAAGAAGAAGAUACAUCUGUGUCAAGCCACUGAGAGGUUUUAUCACGCGAGCAUGAGAAAGCAAUAAAUUUUUGUCCUCCAAGCGAUCGCGUGUUCGAAACCUACGGAAGUCAAAUAAUAAACUUUGGGGGACAUUAAAGGGUUUGCCUUAGUCGUUAACUUGAAGAUAUCAAAGUUAAUUAAGUUGAGCGCAAACUGACGGAGACAUUUGUUCUUCAAAAGAGAAAAAAGAUAUUUGUAUUUAAAAUUACGUCUGAGUCGGCUUUUUGUGUCGACAUAAGAAAUCUGCUAAAAAAAUCCAAUGCGUGUUCGCCACAGGCUCCAAAUCCACGUCACCAACCAACUACUCCUAGUAGGGACUAGAAAAUGUCUUGUUUUGGACAUAAUUAUUGCUUGGAAAACCUUAAUAGUGAUUACAAAUUAAUUUACAGCUAGCCCAGCCAACUCAUAAAUCACAAAAAAUCAAGAAUAGGUGCAUAGAACAAGUAGCACUUCUAUUAAGAUUUAGCUAAUUAAAGUCCUACCUAAACCUUCUUAUGUACGUAAUUGUUUUUCUUAGGUAAGCCAUUAGCUUAUAACAAAAAAAACAUUGAAUUAGAUCAACAAAGAACUUGGCAAGGUCGUAACUCGCAACAUCUAAUAAAAUGAAAUAAUAAGAUAAGCAGGUAGCAACAAUAAACGUUCCACUACUAGCCAAAAGCAAAUUUGAUACUAUUAGAGGUUUGCUUGGUUCUUAAAUUCGGGAUUUCAUAAUUAGUUGAAGUGAGCGUGAAAUAACUUGAACAGUACUUUUAAUUAUAUAUCAAGGAAAAAAAAAACAGACAGACAAUAUCUUCAAUGACAUUGUAACGCUGGAACGUAGUAGCUAGAAAAAACACUUUUAAGAACUCUCAUACCAUGAACAAUCAUAAAUUUUUUUUUCCCCCAAUAACUCAGGGUGCUGUAUUAGUUUUAGGUGUACCUCGACUACUCUUUAGGCAUCAAUCACACCUUCCAGUUCCACUAGCGGAUGAACCAUUUUAAAGUUGGGGCAAAAUACCAUAUAAGCUAACUUUAAAGAGUUGAUACUAACUGAGAGAUUUAAACUUGAGACAUAGAAAGAAGCAUAUUGGAGAUGCAGACUUUAACCACCAGUUAAUUCCCUUGGGGUUUUUUAAAAAAAAAAAAUUUGAAAAAGGUUCAAUGAAGAAAUCAAUAGGGGCCAAGUUGAAAAUGCUCCACGCAAAAAAGGUGCAUUUUGUAAUUUGCCUCUCAUUACUCUGGAAUUUUUUUUAUCUAUCUCCAAGAGUAGUAUUCUUUUUUUAAACAACCAAAUAUCUGGGCAAGUUUGCGCGUAGCUCGAUUAAUUUCGGGCUUUGAAAUUAAUGCCCGAAUAUAACCCUCAACGACUACAAGGUUUGAAAUUUUUGACCUCCGUAAAAAUAAAAUUUGUGACCUCAUGAAUGGACAUUUAUUACUUUCUCACAACCAUUUGGUCAAGCACUUGUGAGUUUACUAGAGUAGUAGUUGUCCUGGUCCAUUGCUGUAACAGAAAUCCACAAAAAUUGAAUACAAAAGCAAAUAUUGUAACAAACUAUUAGUCUAAAUAUCCAGUAGACUAAUAUAUAUUUUUUUAAUAAAAUCGGAUGUCUAAGUUAGCUCACGCGCAACACGAUUAAUUUCGGAGUCUUGAAAAUAACGAUCGGGUAUAAUCUUCAAUGGCUCCAAGGUUCGAAACAUUUGACCUCAUGAUGGACAUUUGUUAUUUUCUCACAAUCAUUUGAACGUUUACUAGAGUAGUAGUUGUCCAUUUCUGUAACAGAAAUCCACCAAAAAUGAACAGAAAAGCUAAUAAUACAACUGCAGGUUUCUGGGAUGAAAACUAGCCCAAAUAAACAAAUCCCAUCGAAAAAAGCGUCGACCCCAUCCCUUCUACUGGACCCCAUCAUCCCUUUUACUCUUGGCCUGAUCCGCAAUUCAAACUAUCAUUUGUCGUUAGUCCCCACAAUUUGCUCUCUCCCGAUUCAGGUGCAUGCACCUUCUUCUUUUUUACCCUCGGCCUUGUGCUUCACAUAUUCUUUCCCCCAAGCGUUACUUCGCCUUUUACUGCCCACGAUUCACCGCUCCCUUAUCCUGAUCAGUGACCAUACAGCAUCUUCGUCCAAUCCCAUUCCGUCGUCUAAAAAUAGGCUCUGUUCUAUCAAGGUUCUUGGUAUGUCGUCCAAAAAUAAGCUCUGUUCCGUCAAAGUUCUUAGAUGUAUUUUUUGAAUACUUAUUUCUUAUUUUACGAAACAUGUCGUUCUUUCACAAUAUAUCACUUUUAAUUCAAAAAAUGAAUAAUUACUUUUCAAAUAAAAAAUUAUUUGAGUUAGUGAAACACACUCUUAGUCACUUAAGGAGAUAACUCAAAUGCUAUCUCCAAUUAAGGAUACAUGUCAUGGUUGCAAACGGACCAAAUUGCCCGUGAGCAGAUCGAGACUUUGGCUAGUUAAAAUAAUAAAUGAGAUCGAACACUCUAAAACUUGGACUCGUUGGCACUCCUGGCAAGUAACAACAGUCCGGGAGCUUUACUACAAGCUCUACUAAUGAUGUGGCAUGUUAAUGUUGUGUUUGGUUUGGUAUUUAAAAUUUUUUUUGAAAAAUAAUGAGGAUAAUAUUGGAAGUAUGAAUUCUUGAAUUUUUUGAAAAAUAUUUUUUGAAAAGGGUAGAAAACACAGUUAAUUGUAGGCGUGUGAUUUUUAUACUCCAUACGUAGCAAUUAUAGCAAGCGAAAUUUGGUACGAAAGUAGCCCUCUUUUGAAGAAUCGAGAAGAAAUGCUUUUGAAAUUAGCAGACCAACGUGUCAACUCAAAUUAGGUGAGUUCCAUUGCCUCCUCCUAAAUUAGGUGAACUUCAGUCUAAUCAGCAUUUCAAUCAAACACAAGGGUUGGUCUAGUGGUCAAUGCAUGAGAUUUAAGAAUUUGUUCAUUUCUAGUAAGAUUUUAGGUUAGAAAAUCUUUCAGAUGUGAUUAAUUCUUUUGGAGUGGGACAGUUCGUACGGAAUUUAGCUCUGGCUUCAAGUCGGACUCCCACUAGCAGAAUGUGGAUUUGUAGUCCCCCAGAAUAAUUGAGAUGCGUGUAAAGUGACUUAGACACAUACGGAGUACUAAUCAAAACCAGCCUCUUGAAUUGUUAUUCCUCAAAGCCCAUAUGCUUUUGUCCACGUGCAAAGGCAUUAGAAUUAGGAUGUGAGUAAUCUCCUUUGUCUAGAUAGUGGUAAUAUGUUUCGGAACAUUGAAUUAAAAAGUUUUUUUUUCCCCUUCUUAGUAAUUGAAUCAAUUUUUAUUUCAAACGCAUAACUUUGAAUACAGACUGAGACAUAAAAAUACCUGAAGCCGUGCGAUGCACGUGGCCUUAUUUGUGUCCACCGUCGACGUUUUUUUUCUCGUUUAAAUGCAAAAAAAUCAUUUCUUAUUAUUAAGUACACUAAAAUAGCAACUAAACACCGUAAUUAAGGUGAUGAAAAAUUCAGAUUUAAAAAAAAAAAAAAAAGGUGAUGAAAAAUGAAAGUGUAAAUAACAGAACAUUACAGGGACUGCAGUGCGAUUAGCGGUCAUAAUCACCGUAAUUAAGUACUUGGGUUAAGGGUAUUCUAGUACAUUAACACUACUCCACUUUCUUCCUGCCUAUUUGUACCGUCCUUUUUGCUCAAAACUCAAAAAAACACUCUGCUUUGCUUCUACAACACUUUCCAAGAAAAUCUCCCAGCAAGAAAAAAUCCCCCUUCCGAUAGGAAAGAUUCCAUCUUCAAAGAAAGAGGAUGUGUGGCGGUGCGAUCAUCUCCGACUUCAUUGCGCCGGCGCGCAGUCGCCGGCUGACGGCCGAUUACCUGUGGCCGUCGGAUGCGAAGAAGAAGAAGAACCCCUGCAAUUACUUCUCCAAGCCCUUGAGAUCUGAGAUCGUCGACCUUGAAGGCGAUGAGUUCGAGGCCGAUUUUCAGGAUUUCAAGGACCACUCCGACGAUGAGGACCAAAACGACUUCGGCGUCAAGCCCUUCGCUUUCUCUGCUUCAAACUCUUCUGGUCUUUCCCAUGGUCAGAAAUCUGUGGAAUCCAACGGAGAGGCUGAAAAAUCUGCAAAGAGAAAGAAGAAGAACCAGUACAGAGGAAUUCGGCAGCGUCCAUGGGGCAAAUGGGCUGCUGAGAUCCGUGACCCAAGAAAAGGGGUCAGGGUGUGGCUUGGAACUUUCAACACUGCAGAAGAAGCUGCAAGAGCCUAUGACGCAGAAGCACGUAGGAUUCGUGGCAAGAAAGCCAAGGUGAAUUUCCCUGAUGAUUCUCCACCAAAUGCCUCAAGACGCACAAUCAAGGCAAAUACUCGGAAAUCAUUUGUCAAGGAAGACCCAAAUUUCGUUCAGCCUAAUGUGAACCAAAAUUCCAGUUUCAUGGAUGACCUAGAUCUUGACUACUAUCCCAUUGAUUUUGUGGAAGAGAAACCACUGACUAAGCAAUAUGGAGUUUCAGAUGCCUACACUAUCUCUGGAGAGUUUGAGAACAAAUCGAUUAUCCCAUCAGAUGCUACUGCCGUUUAUUUUAAUUCGGACCAAGGAAGCAACUCAUUCGACUGCUCUGACUUUGGGUGGGGAGAGUAUAAUGCAAAGACACCGGAAAUAUCAUCUCUUCUUUCUGCUACCAUAGAAGGUGGUGAAACCCAAGAAGAUGCUAGCCCUGGAAAGAAACUUAAGACUGAUUCAGUGGAUGUGGGACCUGUUGAAGAAAAUACUGUGAAGAAUAUGUCUGACGAGCUUUCAGCUUUCGAGUCUGAAAUGAAACUCUUUCAGAUCCCGUUUCUUGAGGAGAACUGGGAUGCUUCAGUGGAUGCAUUUCUCAGUGCAGAUGCAACUCAGGAUGGUGGGAACUCGAUGGAUCUUUGGACCUUUGAUGAUUUGGUUGCUGGAGAGUACUGAGCAACCUUUACCCUUGCUGCUAUUCUGUAAAAAAGGAAACUUGUUGUGUUUGUUGUUUGCGGAGGUGUUGAAAAGCAAUAAAUCCGUCCUUGAGCCUUAGAUGAAGGUUUUAUCAAUUGGCUUUUGGUGAAUGGGGCAGUACAUGGGGUUAUUAUGUUUAUUGUAUUUUGAGACUGCUAAUUUGGUUCUAGACUUCCAUGUCUGUAUGGAUGAAUUGGCAUGUUAUGAAAACUUAAGCUUGACAAUCUUUUCUACAUUGUUUGCUGUUCUAAUUGUAAUUGUUUCUCUGCCCAUACGGGGCAUUUGUUCU